CGACCGGUGGAAGUUGCAUCCUGGACAGCCCGGGCUGCGACGCUGAAGAGCUCCGAGCCAGUGCCCGGCCGAGCCUCCCGCCCGGAUCCCGGGCAGAGACCGCCCAAAACCCGGUGCUGACCUUCGUCUGCACCGCUCUAUGGAGUCUCCGCUGCUCUAGUUGCAGCCGCUCUGCACCCCCAGAACUGCCAGGGCGUCCGGGAUCUGCAAGCCUCGGGCCUGGAUUCCCUUCAAAGACUCAUGCUGAGUGGUGGAUCCUGUGAAGAGCAAAGGAUCAGGCACAUUGACUUGAUUCCCACUCUUCUCGCUUGUGUUAUAUACUGAAAGAGUCCCGAGAAGCAACUGUUCCUCUCUGAGGCAGGAGACUGCCAUGAUUUACCAAAAUAAGAAGUAAUCCAUGUGAUCGCAAGAUGAGUCAGGAUGGAUCCUGAAGCUGCGCAGCUGGAGAAGCAGCAUGUGCACAAGGUGUACGAGAGCACUGCCCCCUACUUCAGUGACCUGCAAAGCAAAGCCUGGCCGCGUGUCCGCCAGUUCCUGCAGGACCAGAAGCCAGGCAGCCUCAUCGCUGACAUCGGUUGUGGAACUGGAAAGUAUCUUAAAGUGAAUAGCCAAGUACAUACUCUGGGCUGUGACUACUGUGGGCCUCUGGUAGAGAUUGCCCGGAAUAGAGGGUGUGAAGUCAUGGUAUGUGACAACCUUAAUCUCCCCUUUAGGGACCAGGGCUUCGAUGCCGUCAUCUCCAUAGGAGUCAUACAUCAUUUUUCUACAAAAGAAAGAAGAAUUAGAGCAAUAAAGGAAAUGGCGAGGGUCUUAGCUCCCGGAGGCCAGCUGAUGAUUUAUGUUUGGGCAAUGGAGCAGAAGAACCGGCACUUUGAGAAACAGGACGUGCUUGUGCCGUGGAACAGGGCACUCUGUUCCCGGCUGCUGUCAGAAUCCCACCAGUCCUGGGGUCAUCAGGGUGAGCAUCCCACGAACCAAGGCUACCAGGGCCCUGGUUCUGCGUGUGGCUGCGCAGUGUGCUUUAAGGGCAGAUGUGAUUCCAAGCGGUCCCACAGUAUGGACUACGGGCCUGCGGUGGCCAGAACCUGCUGCGAAGCUAUUUCAAAGGGAGGAGAGAAAGAGAAUGGACUAUAUAGCAAUUUUGGAAAAUCCUUUCGCUCCUGGUUUUUCUCUAGGUCUUUGGAUGAAUCAGCCCUGAGGAAGCAAAUUGAAAGAGUCAGGCCCAUGAAAAUCCCAGAGGGCUGGGCCAAUAACACCGUGUCCCACCAGCCUUCCAGACACCCCAGCUUAGAUUUACAUGCUCAGGAGCCAUUUUCAAUAAAAGGACCGAACUUUGAUGAGGUGUUCGUAGACACAUCUUCUCAAAGACACUUAGGCUGGCUGGGAGCACCCGGCACUUCAGACAACUUCAGUGGACACAAGGAAAGAGAAAGCAGGAGAAAGGAGGGGGGCAGUUUUCUGGACAUCACUGAUACCGGAAACAGUGUGGCUGCAAGUAACAGUAGAGAUCCUUCUGCCAGAAAAAUAUUAAGGAGGGUUUCUGCAUUCGACUCCAUGGAUUCCAACUCAGAAGACUCAAGCUUUGUGGAAGGGCAAAAGGAGGGCCCGGAUUCUAAAGCCUUCAUGCGUUACUACCACGUAUUUCGGGAAGGUGAGCUGUCCAGCCUGUUGCAGGAAAGUGUGUCUGAGCUGCAGGUUCUGAGCUCGGGCAAUGACCACGGUAACUGGUGCAUCAUCGCAGAGAAAAGGAGGAGCUGGGAUUAACUACAUCGCUCAAGGCAGAGGCUACAGUGGUGGCCCAUCCUCUGUUCAGUGGGGCUGGUGUGGGUACCAGAAUCCGCAUCAAAUCCAGGUACGAGUUGGUACUUGAGCACUUUGAUGUCAUCCUCCAAACUGUUGAGUAAGCACGAAGUCUGGCACUUACUGCAUCCGCUACAGGAUCUGCCUGCUGACGGAUCUGAGGAGCAAUAGUAUAGGCUUGAUCUUAUUCCUUCCAGAGAAGAAAUUAUUAUAAUAUGUGUAUGUUGAGCAUCAGUAUUUUGGUUUUUAAAUAUUCUACUGUUAAAUAUAUUCUUUAAAAGCAGUAUUUAUUUUUUAAAUAAAUUAUGUUGGUUCUCAGGUA